UCGCCGUACGCCUUCGCCGUCCAGCACCAGCGCCCCAAAAACAGUUUUUCGGGAUGCUCUCGCAUCGGCGACUACGAGCUCCUGGGAAAGCUGGGCGAGGGAACGUUUGGUGAGGUCCACCGCGCCAGGUCCAAGAAAACGGGUGCCGUUGUCGCGUUGAAGAAAAUCAUCAUGCACAACGAAAAAGAUGGGUUCCCCAUCACGGCCCUGCGAGAGAUCAAGCUCCUCAAGCUGCUGUCGCAUAAGAACGUCCUCAAGAUGGAAGACAUGGCGGUGGAGCAUCCACCAAGGAGCACCGACAAGCGUAAGAAGCCUAUCAUCUACAUGGCCACGCCGUACAUGGACCACGACCUCUCGGGUCUUCUCGACAACCCCACCAUUAGAUUUACCGAACCACAGAUCAAGUGCUACCUGCAGCAACUUCUCGAGGGUCUCAAGUACCUCCACGAGAACAAGAUUCUACACCGAGAUAUGAAAGCGGCCAAUCUUCUCAUCAGCAACAAGGGUAUUCUCCAGAUUGCAGACUUUGGUCUGGCGAGGCUGUAUGAUGAGCCGCCACCCAAGAAGGGCUGCGGAGGUGGCGACGGCAGACGCGACUACACUAGUCUCGUGGUCACGCGCUGGUACAGACCUCCUGAGCUGCUUCUUCACCUCAAGAAGUAUACCACUGCUAUCGACAUGUGGGGCGUUGGUUGCGUUUUCGGAGAGAUGCUCUGGGGCAAACCGAUCUUGGCUGGUGAGAGCGACGGCCACCAACUAGAGAUCAUCUUCGAUCUGUGCGGAACUCCCACGGACGAGAAUAUGCCUGGCUGGAGGCAACUUCCAGGCGCAGAAGGCAUCAAACCGAGACCGCGGCCCGGCGACCUGAACCAUCGCUUUGGCAAAUAUGGGGCAGGGGCUGUGUCUCUUCUCAAGCAGCUGCUUCGUCUUGAUUGGAAGAAGCGCGUCAAUGCGAUCGAUGCGCUCGAGCAUCCUUACCUUCAUACUGCUCCGCUCCCUGCUAAGCCAGGCGAUCUGCCCACCAUGGAGGAAAGCCACGAACUCGACCGCAGAAAGUUCCACGACAGGAAGGCCGCGCUACCUCCUGCUCCUAAAGGUGGCACCGUGGGGCGCGGACCUCAACACGGAACCGGUGGUCCGGAUGCUGCGUUCAACAGCGGCGACGGAUUCGGAGGACGCAACGGCAUGAAUGGCGGUCGAUACCCCCAGUCAUCGCAAAGAAAUGGGCCGUUUCCUGGCGAGAGAAUGCCAGCCUGUUACGCGCCGGAACGUUCGGAUAGAUACGAGCAAGACCAUCGACGUCGAGACCGAGGAGACUCGCGCCGAACACGAAGUCGGUCGCCAGUUGGGUCACGAGUGGCGGAACGGGGAGAGCGCGACCAUAGAGACCGUAGGUAG